AUGCGUGCGUUUUUGAUUUUCGGUUUUUUGGCAGUUUUCGUUUGCCUCGCGCAAGGAUCUGUACUGCCUGCAAAAGUCACAGCUGAUGAAAAUGCUAAUGCCGAGGCCUUAUUGGAAGUUGAUGCGGGAGUUGAAAAUAACAAUGAAGACAAGUCCAGAGAAGCACGUCAAUUUGGCUUUGGUUAUCCUGGCUUUGGAGGCGGUUUUUAUAGACGACCAUACUUUGGUGGUGGCGGCUUCGGCUAUCCUGGCUUUGGUGGCGGUUACUAUGGACGUCCAUACUAUGGUGGUGGUUUUGGCUAUCCCGGCUACGGUUUCUAUGGUUAA